AUGAAUGAUCGAACGCCCCCAGCAACCAGACGCCGGCCGCUAACUUCCCUCGGAUUUGAUGGAGAGCCUGUUCAAAUGUAUAUUCCCACGAUCACUACAUGGAUGGACCUCCGCAACUCAACAAUUACGUUCAAAGAAUGGAAAGCCGCUUGCGCCAGUUGGAAGACCAGAACCGGUCGCCUGAAGAUGAAGAUGGCCAUCCUGCGGAUGAUGAUGCGCCCCUCUCCACCUCCACCCAAGCACGCGACUUAUCAUCCACGCAACAACUCAGUCCCGGCGCAAUAUCCCCACCUGCGUGGUCGCCGUUCUGGACAAGAUAUGAGGAGCGAUGCCCUCAAUCGUACCUUCACUACGAAGUCUAGUGCCACAAGCUCCAGUGGUAUUCAAAGUAUUGGAACCAAUGUGACUACUAGCACAGACAAAACAAGUCAAAGUCUGAUGAGUGGUGCAUCUGCCGGGGGUUUUAGUGCGACCAGUGCCGGUAGCUAUGCACGACGAAAUGGUGGAUAUGACCGACCAAACACUGCUAUGGACAGCUUUCGCUCUCGAGGAUUUAGUGAUGCCGGCAACCCAGAAAGGCCAGAAACCCCCAUGACCGGUGUGUCUUAUCACUCGAGUCACAACACGUCCCGCCAAGGAGCAUCCUCUGCUAUUCCAUGGUCCUCCCUUGAUCAUGAUACCGGGGAUUCCGGCGGUGUAUUCGGUGGUCUUUCAACCCCCAAAAACAAAAAACAGGGAUUUUCGAAUCUGCCAAGACGGGUGCUGCGAGUGCAAGGAUUGGUCAUGGUGGGGGGGACCCCAUCCCCAACCAAAGGCAACAGGAUGGCAGAUGUAGUGUCGCCCCUUACCCCUCAUUCUACUCGCGAGACCGCUCGUGAUACGGGGCCUGGGGCCAGUCCUAUCGAUUGGGUUCAGGUUCGACGUGAUGUCAACCGAGCAUCAUCCCCCAGUCGAAAUGAGAGAGUUGAACGCGCAGAGCGAUGCCAGAUGAUGGACCAUCCGGUGAUCUAUUCAAUCGAGGAGUUGCAAGAUACAGCAGAGGGUGACGAGAACAUUGAUGGCUUGCCUGUCCACGAACCGACGAAUUUCCACGCGGCUAACAUGAAUCUCGUCGAUAAAAGUGCUCGUUUUAUUAGCAGUCUUCCCCCCAUGACAAACUCCAUGAGCCUCGCGCAGGGUUAUAUCUGUCGUCCCUAUAAAAGCGAUGUUCAACGACUUCGCGCUAUAUUUACUUGGGUAAGCGAGAAGAUUGCCUGGGAAGAGCCUUUGGAUGGCCUGGAGGUUGAUAUCAAACGGGUCUUGCAAGCCAAACGAGGAACUCCCGAAGAAAUCGCGCUGUUGGUACACGAGAUGUGCGGUGCUGUUGGUCUACAUUCUGAAAUUAUUCACGGCUAUCUCAAGAACCCAGGUGAUGUGCUCGACUUGGAAAGUCUAUCUCGUCCAAAUCACUGGUGGAACGCGGUCCUAGUCGAUGGGGAGUGGCGUAUGAUGGACUGUGCACUAGCAAACCCCACGAACCCCCAAAGGAGCCGCUUCGUCACCACCAACUCUUCUAUUGCGGAAAGCUGGUAUUUCUUGGCCCGGCCACUACAAUUCUGUUAUACCCACGUCCCACUCUACCCCGAAGAGCAGCACAUUGUUCCUCCGGUCUCGCCUGAUGUUUUGCUAUCACUUCCGGCCGUCUGCCCGCAAUAUUUCAAGUUGGGGGCCCAAUUCCCGGACUACGAUACAAGCUUGAUGCGAAUCGAAGGACUGGAGUGCAUGCAUUUAUGCCUGGUUGUCCCCCCUGAUGUCGAAUGCGCAGCUGAAGUUGAGGCACCUGCUUUCGCUUGCGAUGCCGAUGGUGACUUUUUUGAAAGUGGAGACAUUUUGCGCAAACGAGCACUUGUCCAGCCUGACUGGUUUGGUGGACAAAAGCGAAUUACCAUCAAGGCCGUUCUCCCCGGUGACGAGGGCCAAGGCGUCUUGAAGCUAUAUGCCGGCAAGAAGGGCCUUAUGCACUCGAGCAAGGAUAUUCCCCAUCCCUUGGCAUUGGCCAUUCCGAUCAUGCACACAGGAGAAAACCCACCAUAUGACUUCGUUCUCCGCCAUCCCACGCCCCAUGCGCAGCGCCAUGAUCUAUACAUCAUGCAGCCGCAGUGCUCUCGUCUCGCUGUGAAUAACACCUUUGUCUUCGCUGUCCGCCAACACUCGGCCUCGCCGUCGACACCACCCAAGGAUGAUUAUUAUGCCCAAGGCCGUGCUUCCCCGUCCUUAUUCAACCGUCCCUCCAGUGCCCUCAGCAUGGUAUCUAGCACGGCCCCGUCCACCAUUUCGAGUAACUCCAACGAGUUCUCCGCAUCCACAUCGGCCAUCUCAUCUUCACGAUCAGCUUCUGGGCGUGAAAAACCAGCGAAGUUGGCCAUCCAGUCCCCAUCCGGCAAGAUUCUUCGUCUCACCCGGAAGGCCGACCACAUGAUCAGCACUGAAAAUUCCGGCAACUCGGUUACCGACGCCGUGGCCGAAGGCAGUGUUUGGGAGACCGUGAUCAAGAUUGGCGAGCGCGGUACCUGGCGUGGCCUGGUCCUUGCUGACCGGGUUGCUCGGUGGUGCGUGUUCUGCGAGUGGGAAUGUGUUUGA